CCGACCAUUAUCACCACGGCACCGUCCACACUGGAUGUGACUGUAGGAGAGAGCAUCGUGCUGCCAUGUCAGGUGACUCAUGACCCGUCUCUGAAGCUCAUGUUCACCUGGUUCUUCAACGAGCAGCUGAUCCACUUUGGCAACCACGGCGGAUACUUUGAAAAAGUGGGCGGUGUAAGUGCAUAAGCCUCCGAAUAUUCCCUCACGAUUCCAAGAACCUGCGGGGCGAUCAAGGCUCCCAUUUAUAAUCAAAGUGUCAUGUCUGAGAAAUGGUGCCGUAGUACCACGCUUUUACACCAUGCUUGUCAGGAGCACUGCAAUGCAUAAUGAAUAGGAAGAAACACACAUCUUUACUACACUGUGUUGGAGAUUGCUUAUAUUUUAUUUAUGCCACUGCUCUCUCAUGAAAAUAUGUCAUUAAAGACACAUAGAUUUUUCAACCCCUUCAGAAAUGACACUGAGAAAGAUCAAGGGGUGAAGCUUGUGAUGCAUUUGUACAUUGAUACUGUUUCCCUUCCUUUAGUAUGAGUGAGGUCAUAAAAGAGAAGGGUAUCCGCAGUGCAGAGAAUGUUUGGAUCAUGUGUAUUAAUGGGCUGAAAAUGUGCUGCACGUAGUUUUAAAAAAAAUCACAUAUACUAUACAUAUUCGCCACCCUUCCCUAACACCUACCAAGCUCAAAACUUCAUUUACAUUUUUACGGUAAAAACAAAACACUUAAAAUAGCCUUGUUUAGCUCCCCUGUCUGAAGAAGAGUGAUGAUGAACAUUGUUCCAGAAGUGAUUAGCAGAGACAUGUUCAGUCUCUGGUCAGCUUGUCAUGUUUUUCAUUAUUUAAAAAAAAAUCUUAAUGUUUUCCUUUUGCCAUGAUAAAUGACACCACCUCUAGAGUUAAAUACAUUUGUACACUGUUUCAUUGAAACUUCAUGGAUCCCUGUAAUGAUGCAGCAGCUUUUGCCACAUCCAAUUUAACACUGGUCCUGACUCCACUCAGUGGUGGGCUGAUUAAAUGAUAGUGUGAAAGCGGGGACUGCAAUUAGAAAUGAAAUAAAAAGAACUCGAGAACUUAAGCUAUUAAGCUUUGCUUGAUCAUUGAAAUAAUGAGGCCACUCUUCUACAGCUAAAAUCAGCACAUUUGUAUGAAUACAUUUGUGCAAUUAUUAUGAUUAAAUGUAAGUACUCUGCCUGUCUCACAUUUAUAGGUAUGCCCAUCACCCUUUUAGAACCUGGAAACAGAUAAUAGUUUAAACCCUAGAAUUAUAAUACAAUAAUAAACAUACAAAGACCCUGAAUAUGUUUUUCAAAUCUUUUGUUUCUGCUCACAUAUUGUUGUCAAAUCCGCAUAUUUCAUGUAUUAUAAUUACUAAUAUUAAAAUGUUACUACAGUAUAUUAAUCAUUGUGCGUGUGUGUGUGUCUCCGUGCGUGUGUGUGUCCGUCUGUGCGUUUGCGUGUAUGUAUAUUCAUGUGUGUGUUGUAUGUUAGCAGCAUUCGGCUGGGGACAUCAUGAUUCGGAACAUCCAGCUGAGACAUGCAGGGAAGUACACCUGUGCGGUACAGACCAAAGUGGACAGCAUCUCCAUCGCAGCAGACCUGGUAGUCCGAGGUACCUCUGUCUAUUCAGGACAAGCAAUAUUUCAUGAAAGAUACCUUUAUUUUUUCUAUAAAUGAUUGGUAUUUACUAAUUAUGUUAUAAAGCAUCAAGCAAAUGUUAACACUGUCACACAUUCAAUAUGGGUUGCCUAUGUAGUCGGAAAAACCUUGUAAACCUCACAGAAGUAAGUCAGUGAAAAGCCAUCCUCGUGUCCUUGAAAGGUAAUUGAAAAGUCAUGGUAAUAGAAAAUGCAAUUUGCUAGGCAACAAUCCCACACAAAUAGUUUUUGGUCACUUGAUUGGUUCAGUUAUCCAUGGCAACAUACCUACUGGGUACAUAACAUAAAAGCAUGUCUGACAUGUAUUGGGGUGCACAAUCGUGGAUUGAUUUAAAAACCAAUAGAAGAAUCUUGAAAUUAAUUAUAAAACUCACAGGCAGCCAGUGCAGAGACCUUAAAACCGGUGUAAAAUGUGCUCUCCGUCUGGUCUUGGUCAGUACCCGUGCUGCAGAAUUCUGUAUGUUCUGCAGUUGACCAAUGGCUUUCUUGGGUAGACCAGACAGGAGAGCAUUACAGUAGUCAAGCCUGCUUGUUUUAAAAAGCAUGGAUGAGUCUCUCUGUAUCAGCCUGAGAGAGAAACGGCCACACCUUGGCAAUUUUCUUCAGGUGGUAAAAAGCAAUUUUGGUCACAUUCCUAAUGUGUGAUUCAAAAUUUUGUUCAGAAUCUAAAAUAACACUUAGGUUUUUUACCUGGUGUUUUAAGUGUAUUGCCCGUGAAUUAAAAUGUGCAAUUAGAUUCUCUAUGUGCUUUGAAUCCAACAAUAAGUACCUUGGUCUUGUCUUGAUUUAGCUGGAGGAAGUUGUGAGCCAUCCAAGUAUUUAAAUCACUAAUACAGUCUAAUAAAUUCCUCUGGUGACACAGAAAGUAGUCUGUGUUUAUUCUCCAUUGUCCUGGGCAUGCCUCUAAUUGUGAUGUGAAGGCAUCGUACUCUGUGAGAUCAGUUGAAAAGAUGGUCAGAUAGAGACGUGUCUCGCUCUCUUUAGGAUGACAAAAUAACGUCUAAUCUAAUUAGAUAGAAAGGCUAACCCACUGGCUCCAGGCCAUCUAUAAAUCACUGCUAGGCAAAUCCCCGCCUUAUCUUAGCUCAUUGGUCACCAUAGCAGCACCCACCCGUAGUCUGCGCUCCAGCAGGUAUAUCUCACUGGUCAUUCCCAAAGCCAACACCUCCUUUGGCCGCCAUUCCUUCCAGUUCUCUGCUGCCAAUGACUGGAACGAAUUGCAAAAAUCUCUGAAGCUGGAGACUCUUAUCUCCCUCACUAACUUUAAGCAUCAGUUGUCAGAGCACCUUACCGAUCACUGCACAUGUACACAGCCCAUCUGAAAUUAGCCCACCCAACUACCUCAUCCCUAUAUUGUUAUUUAUUUUGCUCUUUUGCACCCCAGUAUCUCUAUUUGCACAUAAUCUCUUGCACAUCUAGCAUUCCAGUGUUAAUACUAAUUGUAAUUAUUGUGCACUAUAGCCUAUUUAUUGCCUUACCUCCAUAACUUGCUACAUUUGCACACACUAUAUAUAUAUUUUCUGUUGUAUUUUAUGACCUUAUGUUUUUUUUACCCCAUAUGUAACUCUGUGUUGUUGUUUUUAUCGCACUGCUUUGCUUUAUCUUGGCCAGGUCGCAGUUGUAAAUGAGAACUUGUUCUCAACUGGCUUACCUGGUUAAAUAAAGGUGAAAUAAAAAAUAAAUAAAAUAAAAGAUAGAAAGGCUCCCUGAGGUUUGCUCACCAAACUGAUUUUGCCAGCUGUACUGCCACUGCUGAAGGCGGACAGUGAUCAGGACACCACUGCUCCCUGCUCUGCCUUUAUCACACUCCUUCUCCCUUCCCCCCCCCCCCCCCCCCCCCCACCCUCUCUCUGACCACCCCUCUCUCUCUGUCUCCCUCCCUCCAUCUCUUUCCCUGCCUGGCUGUGCCCCAUAUCUGCAGGUCCCCCAGGCCCACCCACCAGCAUCCAUGUAGAAGAAAUCAGUGACACCACAGCCUCUCUCUCCUGGAGGCCCGGGCCUGAUAAUCACAGUCCAAUUACCACAUACACUAUGCAGGCCAGGACACCCUUCUCCCUGGGCUGGCAGGCUGUCACCACAGGUAGGCUCUCCAACCAGCCAUUGCCUCAUCAAAGCAUUAUAUAGGGGUCUGAUCUCCAUUUUCUCUUCUCCCCUGUGAGAAUAUAUAUAGGCCUGUGAGUGAUUUUACUUUGAUACCAAAUGACACACGAUUGUUCAGUGACCAGGUUGACUGCAGUUUUACUUGACUGCAGGGUUUUUUGAAAUGUGGAUCUAUUUCCAGAUGUCUGACUUACAGUGAAGGGAGCUAUUUGGUAGCAUAGAAAAGUGUCCCAUAUGAAAGUUUGGAUGGCGGUUCUCUAUAUUAUAGAGCUGGGACGAUAAACCAAAAAUGAUCGGUGAUUUUCUACGGAAAAAUUGAUGGCUACAACCAUAGUAGUAGUUUAAAGGAUAAUAAAAAAAACUGUGGUGCACAUUAAUGUUAUAAACGUAUCGUUCUAUUUAUUGUUAUCUCGUCAAUUCAGGCAAUUUAUAGCAAUAUUGGUCCAUAUCACCCAGUUCUACUAUAUCAUCUACAAUAGAACAGGGUGUAGUCAUGCAUGGUUGGGACUGUUCUAAUUAUUUAGGGGAGAAGUCUGUUAGUUUGGGGAGUUACCUUCAUGAUCCGGACAAACAGAGCUCUGCACAUGAGCAAACAGGGAAACCGAGUGAGCUCCACCCUUGGGGUGUGUGUUUUGUCAUGUGUUUUGUCGUGUGUUUGCGUGUGUGUGAGUACACCAUGUGUCCUUCUGACUGAUUAGUCCCCUGCACCUGUGGAGUGUGCUCAGUGGGCCUGUCAGCCUAGAGGACACUCUCCUGGUACCUGCUUCAUUCUGAGGGGAGGGGGCUGUUUUGUUUUGUGCCAGUUCCUGAGGUGGUGGGGGGCCGCCGUCUGACAGCUACAGUAAUAGAUCUGAGCCCCUGGGUGGAAUAUGAGUUCAGAGUCCUGGCAAGCAACGCCAUUGGGACCGGGGAGCCCAGCAAACCAUCCAAACAAGCAAGGACAAAGGAGACAUGUAUGUACUGUUUUCAUGGAAUCCCUUCAAUCCUGCAUGUUUUCUGUGUUUCUUAUGUGCGUCUACUUGCCAUUAGUUGGUCUGGUAUGGGGGAGAAAAGCUAUUUCAAUGUCAAAAAAUCUAAUACGAAUGUGUUAUUAUCAUGUUAUCAUUGAUGACUGGUGUCGACUGAGUUGAGCAGGAUAAAAAUUACCCUCUGUUCCCCCAGCUCCGAAGGUCACACCAGCUAAUGUGAGCGGAGGUGGAGGCAGUCGCUCAGAAUUAGUCAUCACUUGGGAGGUAAGCAAGCCGCCUGCUCCCAUACUCCCUCACACGUGGAGGGGAAGCCAGACGUUAUUAUUCUCUAAGGAAUCGGGCCGUUGUUUCAUUAAUAACAGCAGGCAGGCUUAAAGUAUGGCAUUUCAUUUUUAAGAACAGAGAAGCAAUAACUGCUGCUGUCACCCUGGGGAGAGAAAAAUGCCUUUGAGGUUUUAAUAAUAUAAUUAAACAGAAUGGUUCUUCACAAAGUCACAAGCAACUUUUCGAAGAUUGUGUUUUACGUAUCUUUUUUAAAUGAAGCUUCCUUCUUAAUCAGUCCCGUUUUGAAAAACUCAUAUUUAUUCCGCCUGCUUGAAAAUCAUCCAUUGCUGUGAAAGUUUUGCUGAAUGUCUGUUGAAUGUUGGUUUCAAUAUGAUAGUUAAAUUAAAGUCUAACUUCAAAGUUCUGAUACAGUUCUGAAGUUACCUCAAAGUACAAUGGACUAAAUUAUUUAAAUGUGUGGAAAACCAAUUAAGUUAAAAUGUAAGGUGUCUGUCUAAUGCUAUACAAUAGCUAUGACUCUCAGUCAAUGUCUUACUUUUCCAAAGUGUUAUAAAAUAAAAUGCCCUUUAUUUAACCAUCUUUAGAGGAGUGUUGACUUAAACAAUAAAAGUCAGUCCCCAUAAAUAUAUGAAAUAUGAUGUGCUUUCAGUCUUAACAAGGUGUCAUGCUGAGGGCGCUUUAUUAUGGAUGGAUGUGUGUGUUCACUAUUUGUGCACCAGUUUCAAUGUGUGUGUGUGUGUGUGUGUGUGUGUGUUUUCUUGCAGCCUGUUCCUGAGGAGUUACAGAACGGGGGAGGUUUUGGCUAUGUGGUGGCCUUCAGACCGUACGGAGCCACAGGCUGGAUGCAGGCCGCAGUGCCCUCACCAGAAGCCUCCAAAUAUGUCUUCAAGAACGAGAGCAUCCAGCCCUUCUCCCCCUUCCAAGUGAAGGUUGGAGUGUACAACAAUGAAGGGGAAGGCCCAUUCGGACCCGUCAUCACCAUCUACUCUGCAGAGGAAGGUUGGUAAAGAAUGUCAUGUCAGUCUGAGACGCAUAGGAGCAGCAGUAUGUUUAAAAGCCAAUGGAGAGGCGUCUCUGGAUAGUUUAUUCAGUGAUCCUUUAACCCAUACACUCCUAUCUACAUCUGCAGAUGGUUGGUUCCUGCUGUUGCUGAUGGUUCUGGUUCUCUCGCUGUACCUCUGAUGAAAGAGAUGGACCCACUUUAAGGGUAAUCAAAGCCUGCCAUUACUUUUAAACUCAUUUAAAGUAUUUUUUUUGCAUUAACCCAGAGCCUGGCAGAGCACCCACCAGGAUCCAAGCCAAGAGUCUGUCAGCGUCUGAGAUUGAGCUUUCAUGGAAAGCCCUGCCUUGGAACACCAGCAAGAGAAGAGUUCUAGGCUAUGAGGUAAGUCAAAUUCUACCUAUUUGUGUGUGUGUGUGUUUGUUUGCGUGUGUGUGCAGGGCCGUGCACAGAACUUUCAGGGGGCAGGUGCAAAAAUAAAUAAAAAAGGGUGCCCCCCCCCCCACUUGAAAGAAAACCUACUUUCAUAAGCUAGUUACAAUGCCUCCUAAAGACAUGAUUGACAUCGGGAAAAGAGGGUGGGCUAUCAGCUGAUUGUUCAUGAUAUUUUUUAUUACUGAUUGUGAUUUAUCUUCAAUGUUUUUAAAUAAUAACUUAUAAUAUUAAUAAUCUUCUAACUCAUGAAAUAUGGCUAGCUGGCUAGUGGCUUGUGUGGAUAUUUUAGUAUAUGGUGGUUAGCUAGAGUCUAGACCAGGUCUUUCCAACCCUGUUCCUGGAGAGCUACCCUCCUGUAGGUUUUCAAUUCAACCCCAGUAACUAACCUGAUUCAGCUUAUCAACCAGCUACUGUAAUUAUUAGAAUCAGGUGCGCUAGAUUAGGGGUGGAGUGAAAACCUACAGGACGGUAGCUCUCCAGGAACAUGGUUGUAGAGCCCUGGCCUAGACUACCUGUGUUGCUGCUGCCCUGACACACAUGUGCAACUCCCGACUGAAGAAUGGAUGGAGUUGGGUCGGAGGGUCGUAGAUGCAGCCACUCCUCUCUGUCUUCCUGCCGCUCUCUGCUGCGCAUAUCAACCAACCUGACCCAAUAUUGAUGAUGAUGUAAAUCAAGUGUUAAUCAAAUAUUAUGCUGCUGUGGCAGUACUGUUGAUAUUUAAACUAGGUAACUUGCUACACACACUCAACCGGUUACCGCAUCUCAAGCCAUGCAUGUUUGAAUACCGAGCGCGUGCAAUCUCCAUACAAGGCAGACUGGGAAACGGGCUCAACAGGGCACAUGCGAGCUCCGUACAGGGCAAACCAACAGACGCAACCAACCCCCCCCCCAAAAAGAGCUUUAGUGAGUGGUAGGGCAAAGGUCCAGGUGCUGUGUGUGUGUGUGUGUGUGUAAGUGUGUGUGUGUGUGUGUGUGUAAGUGUAAGUGUGUGUGUGUGCGUCCGUGCGUGUUUUAGCUCAUGCACAUUGGGCAUCUCAUCUCUAAUAGCUUGUUAUGUGUGAUGGUCCAGCCUGGUCUGUCUGUCAGUCUGUCUGUCAGUCAGUCAGUCUGUCUCUGUCUGUCUGUUUCUGUUGUUGCUGUGCUCAGUGUUGUUACUAACUAUACAGAUUAUUAUGAACUGGGUGGUUUCGAGCCCUGAAUACUGAUUGGCUGAAAGCUGUGGUAUAUCAGACCGUAUACCAUGGGUAUGACCAAAACAUUUAUUUUUACUGCUCUAAUUAUGUUGGUAACCAGUUUAUAUUAGCAAUAAGGCACCUUGGGGGUUUGUGAUAUAUGGCCAAUAUACCACGGCUAAGGGCUGUGUCCUAGCACUCCUCGUUGCGUCAUGCAUAAGAACAGCCCUUAGCUGUGGUAUAUUGGCCAUAUACCACACCCCCUUGGGUCUUAAAGCUUUAUUUUAACAGUCUAGUGAUGCAAUGCACCAGGGGACAGAAACUUUAGCCUAUAAACCACACAGUACUGUGGGUAAAAAAAAACUGUGGCUCAGCUCACUUUUCAAAUUCUAUAUAUGAACAAAUUACCUAUUUUCAUCCAUGGGAUGCAUAAAGUACUAGAAUUAUGAAUUGUUGACCAUUUAAAGUAACCAGGCAAGUGGGCCUGAGCAAACUGUUCCUGCGAGGAAAGACAAAUUAUGUUUGACCUGUCAACCGUGCCAGCUAUUUCAGCCUGGACACUUGGGUGACAAAGAAAAUCUGUUAUCAGUCAACUUGACAGCUGGGACAUUAUGCACAUGGUGAUUUCUCUUUGACCACACCAUUUAAACACUCCCUCACUUCAUGAGCUAAGAAACCAGAACCAAAGCACCUUACCCAUGGAAAGACGACACUGUAUGAGGUGACACACCAUACAAUUAAAUGCUGUUUUUAUACCAAUUUACUGCACUCACUGUUGUUCCAGUUUACAGUUGUCCUGUCAGACUAGUGUCUGCAUUAAUGUCCCUGGUUAUCCUCUGUCUAUCUGGUCUCAGUUGAGGUACUGGGAGAAGAGAGAGAAGGAGGAGGUGGCCAGUGUGCAGAGGACGGUAGGGAACCAGACGUCAGCCAUUAUCCGAGGGGUGAGAGGAAGCAACACGUACUAUGUCACAGUGAGAGCGUACAACACGGCCGGAGCUGGGCCUCCUAGUGCCACUGUCAAUGUCACCACCAAGAAACCACGUAAGCAUCAACCCUGCCUUAGAGAGGUUAGAGAGGUUGUUUCCACUGACUUAUUGGAGAUCAUGUAAUCUUCAUCCUCAUGUAUCUGUGUCCCUCAGCGCCCAGCCAGCCUCCAGUGAAAGUGAUGUGGAACACACUGAAUUCCAAGAUAAUCCUGAACUGGGAGCAAGUCAAAGCCUUGGAGAACGAGUCAGAGGUCACUGGCUACAAAGUAAGGAAGCGUUUGGUUGUCACUAGUUAACACAGCCACAAAGUCAUAAACCCUGCCUAUUUCUGCAAUUUAUCUGAUUUCAAUUUGGACUUUGUGCUUGUGCUAUCUAGUGGAAACCAAAGCACUGACUACAUUGAUUUAGUUAGAAAUAGUGCCUGUUGUCAUGGUUUCUCCCGGUGACCUUUUACUUGUGUGGUCCGUCCAUAGGUGCUCUACAAGGGUAACCGACACAGCCGCCCUAGUGUCAUGGAAACCAACACGACGUCGGUGGAGCUCUCUCUGCCUAUGGAUGAGGAGUACUUCAUCCAGAUCAAACCAUUUGGGGAGGGAGGAGAGGGGAGCAGUAGCAGACAGAUCACCAUCCCCAGAAUACCAGGUCAGUCUCUAGUUGACUGCUCCCUCACACUUCAAUGAUCUCAAUGGUGUUGCUUAGAGCUGUUGCCAUUACUGGUUUAUUGUUAUGACUAGGGACCUGAAUUUUUUGUGGCCCUAGCCAUGACUUCAAAAGCAUUUCGCUACACUCGCAAUAACAUCUGCUAACCAUGUGUAUGUGACCAAUACAUUUGAUUUGAUUUUGAUUUGAAAAGGAGCAGAUAGAGUGGGGGUUAUUUGGUACGCACACAAAAAACGAAUCAGGCCAGGAUUCAAUCUGAUCGCGGGAACAUUGUCUUUAAAAGGUGGAUAGCUGACAAAGCGCGAUCGGAUUGAAUCCCGGCCUAAAUACAUUUUUGUAUUCAGAAAUGCAUGUAAAUAUGCCCAAGGUUUGAUUACCAAAGCAUGUAAUAGCACAAAAAGCCAACAACGAAUUGCCAACCAGGCUACUUGUAUUUUUCUGCGUAAAUGGACAGACUAACAAAGCCCAUUAAUUUUCACGUUUUUCAGGAUCCAAUGCAAUUGGCUCAGCGACCAAGGUCUCUACUUUAUCUGCCCUCAGUACAAUAGCACUGUCUUUCACAGCGCGAACAUCAUUA